ACAAUUUUAGCAUUGGCAACGAAAGAUCGAAAUAUAAGUUGGAGUCGGUGGGAGAGUUUAAAGGAACAGCUUAUAAUUCUAUGGAGUACAAUUUAAAUGCACCAUUUUCCAGUUUUGAUCAAGAUAGUGAUCAAAGUAAAGAUGGUAAUUGUGCUGAAGAUUGUGGAGCCUGGUGGCAUAAAUUUUGCACCCAUGCCCGCCUCAACGGAAAAUAUUUCAAUAGAGAAGUCGAUGAUGAUUCAAGUAUGAGCUGGUAUUGGUGGAUUUCUCUCAAAUCUGUCCAGAUGCUAAUCCGACAAAAAUAAAGUUGGACUUCAUUUCAAA